AUGGCAGGCCGUACCCUCCGUUGCGACGAAUUCAAAUAUGCCAUCAUCUGCGCCCUGCAUAUCGAAUUCGACGCCGUCUAUCUUGCCUUAGACGAAGAGUACGAAGCCGUGCUUGGGCACCACGACCAAGACCGCAACUCAUACACGGCCGGGCGCAUCGGGACUAGUAAUGUCGUGGUGGUGCUCGUGGAGAAGGGGAACAGCAGUGGUUAG